CACUAUAGUUUGCUGAUAGACUGUUAUAAAGAUUUGAAUAUCGCAGACAAAAUGGACCCUCGUCAGUGCUGUGAAGCGGUCUGUGAACCAAACACUGUUUCUAGAUUUGUGAGAAUAUUUCCAAGAGCAGCUCUAUUUUUUCUUAUCCUCCACAUUGUAAUUAUGAUAAUUACAGUGAUAAGCUUUGCUAAUCGUAAAGACACUGCACCAGCAGUGACCCUUACACCACCAGAGGAUGACCUUGGGUUUGUGAAGCUUCCACAACAACCACGAUUGGCUGGAGAUAAAAAGAGUAAAAAGAAAGAGAGCAGAGAAGACCAGGAAAAAAGAGUUGAUGUUGUGCGAUUGGUGGAUGAUUAAACAAGAAUGAUCCAAACCAAAAAUCUCAUGGUUAUGGAUUUUUAUCAUUGCGAUUUGUUUAAGUAGAGUGUAAUGUUAUUUAUUUUUAUAUAAUUGUUUGUAUGCACAUGCAUUGGGUUUAUCUUUUACUGGUUUUUUACCACUUCACUGAAAUAUAUGUAAGGAUUACAUAAUUCUUUCUCUUAUUUCCUGUACAUUACAUUACUAUAUAUCUCAAUUUAUUUCGUAUCUUUUUUCCACUUACCGUGUUACUUGUUUUUUCAACUACAUGUAUAUAUAAAAGAAUUGUGAACAUAUAUCAUGUUGCUAUUAAAAAAAAUACCGGGUAUGUAAUUUUUGAAAACCUUGGUGAAAAGACAAUCAUAGGCAGACUAUUAAUAGAAAAUCUUAUACAUGUAUGUUGGGAAAGUGUAUCUUUGUUUAUGUACCUGUUCUUCCAACUAUUUUUUUUUUAAAUCUCACCUAUGACAGUUUUUACUUCUAGUAAAAUUUCAAAAAGUCUUUGAACACAUGAAAUUUAAGACACACUUGAAGAUACAUAAUCCUCAUCAGCACACUUCAAUUUUAUUUUUUUUUUACUGUUUAGCAUCAACUUUGAAUGUAAAGAAAAAACCUAGGCCUACCUACAAAACAAAAAAAAUGAAUACAGAGAGAAACUUUAAAUUAAAACUCACUUUUCAUAUCCCAGUUGUCACAGAAAAAUGUCAUUCAGAGGAUAUAGCUUUCUCAUAUAAAUAUAUAUUUCCCUGCAGAAUUACUAAAUUAAAUGCUAAGUUUGAUAGAGUAAUGACAAACAUUUAUAGAAAUUCACAUUUUUGAAAAAGUUUAAACCAAAAUUAUCAAUUUCUGGACUUUUUUCCUAAUUUUUUUUCUGAUCUAGGGUGUCAAAAACUAAGGAUCACACAAACCUUAUAUAGAAAAAGAAAAUAAAUGGCCUUGUUAAUUUUUUAAAACUGAUGUGCCAUGGCUAAUUUAGAUAGAUUAGCUAAUUAUAAUGUUUUGAAUUCUACUUAGUUUUUAUUGGAUUUAAAUUAAUCUUGGUGAAUAUGUAAGGAAAAAAUCAUAUUAUUCUGUACAACAUUAGCAAAAUAUAUUCUUCUGUACAACAGUUUUUCAUUUUGUUUGAAAGAUGUUUCCAGGUUACAAAAGAAAGAGUUUUUAAUGCUAUCAUUUUUAAUGUUUAUGUUUAGACCUUUGAUUUUGUACAAAUUUACUCCUGUUAUAUUUUUUAUCUUUUCAUUUCGUAUGUAUUGAUUUUACUUUGAAACAUAUCCGACUUAUUUAUUAAUUUUGGCAUUUCCAGAAUAAACAUUUCUUAUUGGGAAUUUACCAUUAUCUUCUUUAAUCUUACUGUCUUAGAUUUGUAAGAAUGUACGUUAGAAUUGUGAUUGUUUUUACUUCUUUGUUUUGUACAGUGAGAAAUCCUUGUGGGAUUUUUUUAUUCAUAUUUAUGUACAGUAUUCUAGCUAGAGGUGCAAUGAAAAUGACAGUGCCAUAAACUUAAUGUAUGUUGUACUAAAUACAGUUCAACUUCAGUUUCUCUGAUUUCAUUAUAUAGAAUACCGGAAUAAGUGGUAAAAAUGUCAUGUAUUAUGUGUACUACUGUCAUGAUAAAACAAAGUCCCUGCUAGUUUUACCAACUUGAAGUUAUUUGACAUUAUGCCUUAUUCUAGGUAUUAUGGUUAAACAUUUAUGUACAUGGUUGUUUCUUAGUUUUUACUAAUAUAAAUUAAAGUCUUUAUAGAGGAGAUAUUUUGUUUUAAUGUUUAUAAGGGAGACAUCACAAAUUAUCAGAUUUGAGGAGGAUUGUCACUCAAGGUUGCUUCAUCCUCGGGUUAAAACACUACUCAGACCAGAUAAUUUGUAUCAUCUCCCUUAUAAAAAACUCAUAAUAGAUUACUGUAAAUCAACUUCAAUACAUGACAAUUAAUUAAUUGACUAAGGAUAAGUUCUCUACUGUAACAGAUAUAAGUAAAAUAAAUGGUUCAUUGCGAUAGAUAUUCAUUAGUUAAAGAAGGUUGCUAAACUUGCAAAUAAAAGUUGAUUUACAGUAUCCGGAAGAAUCUAAAUUUUAUAAAAUAGAGUGGAAAAUAGCAGUCAAACGUUCUGUGUUCUCUUACCAUUGCCUUCACAGUAUAUGCACUAACAAACAACUUUGAUGUCACCUUUAGAUUUUUUUUCCAAUCCCACAUAUUAUACGUACAAGUUAUUUUGCUUAUUUUCAUUUAAAGGGAAACAAAAAAUAUUAUGGCCCUGCAUGUUUAAAUGUAAGUGAGAUUUCAUUGUUAUCUGAAGGGAGACAACACAGUUGUCACCCUGCACAUCAGGGAGAUAUCACCAUCUCCCCACAUGUGUCAUGCUCUUAAACAGAUCAUAUUCUAUUAUGAAAGGAUAAUUCAGUGUUAUUAGUAUUACAUGUAUAAAGAUGUUUUGUGCUCUAAAUAAUGAAAUCCCAAUUUUUGAGUAUUUUUUUAUGCUCUCCGAGCAGAUUAUUUUUAAUAAGUAUUAAAAUUUAUCUCCUGUAUACAAUCAGGUCUGUAUCAGUUUGUACCUAGUGACUGUGGGCACUACUUUACUAUGUUAAUUGUUGUUAAAUCCAAUGUUAAAAUUUUCAAAUAAGUGCAUUUUCAAAAAUGAUUUUAGUCUAGGUUCUUGGAAAUCUAAAUGUAACUAUGAUAUGUAUUAAAAUGUAAAUCAUAAUGCCAAUUCAACUCCUACGUAAUUACCGGUAUGGUGGAUAUUUUUAUUUAAAAACUUUAUUACAUAAAAUA